CCAACUUUCCUCAGUCCUCCACCUCCACCCCCCUCGACCCGCAAGAGAGCCGCGAAGACGUAGUCGCUUGCGCGCUCGCCCGCCGUCGCAUCUCCUCCCUGGCGCACUCGGGAGACCCUGCUGCCUUCCAUGGAUCGCAACAGCACUGCCGCCAGCCCGCACUUUCCACGAGACAUCUGACCUGGCGUCACCUAUGACCCACACAAGCAACCAGAGGCAUGGCCACACCCGCUGAGCAAGCAGCGACGCUCGCUCGUACCACUGAGCAGGACCUCAAUUCCAAACUUAGCGACAAGCACUCGUCUGCUGAAAUUGCCGCCCUUCUCCGAGAGUACCGCGCUGCAUGCGAAAAGACCAUCUUCGCCGACUUCCAGUAUGCCGCUGACGCCGGCAUCGAGGCCCAGCUGUGGGCCGCCCACAGCAAAGUCAACACGUACUUUCGGAAGCAGCUGAACAAGUUGAACAAGGAGAACAAGAACAGGGCCGUCGAAAUACGCGUCCUCCAGAAACAGUACCUCGAGUUCAUCAAGUCCAGCCAACGCUUCUACCGCCAAUUCAUUAUACACCUGGACAGCGCCUUCGAAGGCCUUCCAGAACUCCGGGCCGUUGCGCGAAAGUGGAAGAGCGACAUUUCACAUGCCUCGGUCACGAAGCAAUUCCCGCCGGGAAUGCAGAAGCAAAUCAGAAAUUCUCUGUACAACACGCUAAUUCAGCUCGGGGAUCUGUCUCGUUAUCGUGAAGGGGAGAUUGGAGGGAAGGAGAAAGACUGGAGACAAGCGGUUGGGUAUUACGGCCUCGCGACUGCCAUUUAUCCUGAUUCCGGUAUCUCCCAUAACCAACAGGCGGUCAUUGCUCUCUCGGAAGGCAAUCAUUUCCGCGCCACCUACCAUUUAUACCGAGCUCUGGCCGCAAAGGAACCACACCCGCUGGCCAAAGGAAACCUCGAACUGGAGUUUAAGAAAAUCAUCACGGCUUGGGACAGAGGCGAGCUCAUCGGCCGGCAAGCGCAUCCCAAGGACAACGGUGCGAAUCGGGCCCUCAUCGCUUGGUUCGUGCGUCUUCACAGCAAGUGCUACAAAGGCCAAGAGUUUGCCGGUCACGAAGAGUUGGAGGGCGAGGUCUUGAGCCAGUUGGCCGUGGAAGUCAAGGAGCGGUCGCUCGAAGGCCUCGUCCAAAAAUUCAUUCUCAUCAACAUCGCCGCCGAACACUACGCUACCGUAAGGCUGGAGGCUGGCGCCCAAGAAGGACAUACAGCGCCCGAAAACGUCCGCUCCUAUUUCUAUUUCCUGCGUCUCAACGUCAAGACCUUUUUCCGCUUGCUCCAGAUCUUGCAGCCGGAAUUGGAACGCUUAACCGGCGAGGAUGUCAAUGCCACUGAGCAGUCUGAGGAACUGUCCGACAAAGUCACCGUGGUCGCUCGGCGCAUUCUCCCCGGACUUCGUCUGUACAGUUCUUGGUUCACAAACAACUGGAAAUUCCUGUCAGCCGAUCUUGACAACUUCGAAGGCUCAAUCUCAAAGGUUGAGGUGAGAGAGUUGUGGAAAGCCUAUGCCGAAACGCUCACCCUUCUCGCGUCGGCGUUUCCAGCUGACCGUCUUCCGGCGGAGCAGUACCUGCUUGAAGAAGACGUGGACACCCUCGGCUUCCGACCUUUAAUCUCCGACAAAACCCUCAAAACAUGGUACUACGGUGCUGAUCUGAAGCCAAAGUGGUCUGACGAAGGCCUCAAGCGCAGUCAUCCAAAUGUCGAGAUGGUGAUGCGCAUCCGUGACUUUUUAAUUGACGGUUUAGAGUUGACACAGGACGAGGAUGCCCCACUCGCUUUGGACGGGAUGCGUUUCAUUUACCAAGAGGCCGGCAUACCUUCUCAACUCCUCGCGAGCCCUGGCGACAAGAGUGAAAGGGCCGUGCCGGUAGAAAUUGUGGAUGUCCCCCGUAUGCAGAACAACGGCGUCAUCCCGGAUGAUCAGACUUCCUACGGCGUUGCACCCUCGGAGACCGCCUCUGUUACCAUCUCCAAAGAUGCCGCUAUGAACCGUAUGGUAGAUGAUCUCCUUGGCCCCGAGGAUGGUUUGGAUCCUCUCCCUGAGGAAGACGAAAAUGUUCCGCCAACUCCACCCGAACAGACUUUCGAGGAUACUGCACUGAUCAACGACAGUUCGUACGGGAUUACGCCGCUAAACGCCGGCGACUACGUUAACAUGGUCCGCAACUACAGCCAGUCAGCUUGCACACCGGAGAAUACAUAUGUGAACAACGCCACUGCCUCUCCCGCCAUGCGCAAUCUCCCGACUUUGCCUUCAUUGCCAGACCAGUCGGGCAUUUGGAGCAAGAAUUACGAGUCUCACGCGCCGAGCACUCCGGUGAUUCCACCUGGCUUUAGCAUGCACCACUCUUCUAUGGGGAGACACAGCAUCAGCCACUCGCGUCACGCCUCCCAAAAUUCAGUUUGGAGCCCGAUGCCAAUGCAUCAGGGACGCUCAGGCUCUACUCCAGACGGAACUGCUGACUUGAGCUACCAUGCGUACCGCAACAGCUACGGACCGGCUACCGGAAUUGGGAGCAAUGCCUAUGAUAUUGGCAUGAGAAGCCCGUUGUUGUUUGGGGGAGGUACCUGGGGGACGGACUUGGACCGCAAUCGCAGCCCCUACCUGAACACACCACCCAACGGGCAGGGUGGUGGCUGAUGCGCACGGCCUUUGCCCGCUUUUAUCGCGGGAUGGAUUUGAUGACUUUCGAGCAUCGUCGUAUUCGCGCAGACGUUCACUUCGAGUCCAGUAGGCAAACGCAGGAGGACCGAUCUCCAGGAUCCCGCCGGAUGACGCCCGCCUGUUUGACACGCUCCCGGCGCGGCACAUGAGCGGAGAAAUCGGCCUUGACGCUGGACACGGUCAGCAUAGACUACUUCGGCGUAGCUCAGAUGCGGGCUUGUCACUAACUAGGGGAUGGAUGUUGUUGAACCAAAUUGGAUGAAAGGGAUUGUUCAUUAGCUAUUUGUUUUGUCGCUCCCAGAUUGAAACCAGCGGCAUCAGUAGGUAGUAAUUAUCUGUUUUGUGAGUGCCGUAUCAAAUAAUAUCUAGACAUGGAU